UCCUGUCCGACAGAGCAGAGGUGACACCGAGGAGGAGACAGCUGACUCUCCUCAGUUGGAGGCAUCUGAAGCAGCAGCAGAAGGUAACUCUACUGUGGUUCUGAGAUCCCGUGGUUUCUUGAUAUGUGGAUGUAAACACAAAACACAAAAUGAUGAGCGCAGACAGCAAGAGUAUUUCAGAGUGCCUGGUCCUGGACGACUCAGAGAAAGGAGUCAUCAUUAAAGGAAUCACUGACGACACCAUCACCGCAAAGAGUGGGCUGCAAGCAGGGGAUGAGAUUGUUGCAGCCACUAUACACCUGGACCACCUCAACAAAAAUGAAGUGCUGAACAUCCUGAGGGUCUUGGAGCCGUAUGAUAACAAUAUGAAGGUCUUGACAAAGAAGGAGCUGAACACCAGUGUGGGACUUGGCUCCCUCGGAUUAGGUCUCAAAGACUCUGCAGAGAUGUCACUGGACGCACCAGCUGUUUCCUUUGAUGGCCUGAAUGGAAAGUUAAAUGCUGCUCAGGGAUUGGGUGGUGAAAUAAGUGGUCCCACUCUCAAUGGAGACCUUCCCAGUUUCGGUCUAAAUAAGCCCUCAGCUGAUGCUGAUGCCAGGUUCUCAAUGCCCUCUGUAGGACUGACUGGACCAGAUAUAAAAGGAGAUCUAGAUGGCACCCUCAAAGCUCCUGAUGUCAGUGUCAACACACCCAGUGCCUCGAUCGAUGUCAAGAAACCAGAAAUCAAGACCGGCAACGGAAAAUACAAGGCCCCAAAAUUCACCAUGCCACACUUCAGUAUACUUCAGAUCAAAACACCAAAAGCAAAAGUGGACAUUUCUGAAGACAUAGAUCUCCCCUCUGUCAACGGAAAUCUACAGACACCAGACCUGGACCUGUCAGCCCCAAAGUUAGAUCUUAAAAGUCCAGAUUUGGACCUGAAUAGGCCAAAAGUGGAUCUAAAUGGUCCUGAUGUAAAUUUAGAAGCCCCAGAUGUUGACAUCGAGCCAGUCUCAGGCAAACUCAACUGGCCCCAUCUAAAAUGGAAAGGUCCCAAAGUUAAAGGGCCAGAUGCUGACCUAAAUGCUGACUUUUCUGCACCUGGUGUCAAUCUCUCCACACCAAAGAUCGAUGGGGAUCUAGGUGCUCCAGACGUUGAUAUUAACUUACCCAUAACUGACAUCAAAGGCCCUGUUUUAGAUGUUGAAACCCCAAACCCUGACAUCGAUGUCCCAUCUGGUAAAAUCAACUGGCCGCAUUUGAAGUGGAAGAAACCAAAAGCUGAUCUGGACUUAGAUGCAAACCUGAACACAUCAGAUGUUAAUCUCUCUGUUCCAAAAGUGGAGGGUGGGAUAAAUGCCCCAGAAGUUGACAUUGAUUUGCCAAAGGCAGACCUGAAAGGCCCACAUAUUGAUGGAGAAGUUCCAUCUGGUAAAAUCAACUGGCCUCAUCUGAAAUGGAAGAAGCCCAAACUUCAUGGCCCAAAAGCAGACUUAGACAUAGAUGCUGACCUAAACACACCUGAUUUAAAUCUCUCAGGUCCAAAUAUUGAGGGUGGCAUUAUUGUACCAAACGCUGAGCUCAAUCUCCCAAAAGCUGACCUGAAAGGCCCCGAUGUAGGCGUUCAUGCUCCAGAUCUUGACGUUGAUGCUCCAUCAGAGAAAAUUAACUGGCCUCAUCUCAAGUGGAAAAAACCCAAACUUCAUGGCCCCAAAGCUGAUCUGGACCUUAAUGCAGAUCUGAACACACCAGAUGUUGAUCUGAAUUUACCCAAAGCUGAUGUUGAUAUUAAAGCACCAGAUGCUGACAUUGAGGCCCCUUCUGGCAAAAUCAGGUUCCCAACACUCAAAAAGCCUAAGUUCUUGAUUUCUGGACCAAAGGUGAAAGCCCCAGACGUUGAUGUUGAUGCUGAUGUGAAAGCACCUGACUUUGAUCUGAAUCUACCUAAAGCUGGUAUUGAUGUUGAAGCACCAAAUGUAGACAUUGACGCUCCAUCUGGGAAGCUCAAAUUUCCCACUCUUAAAAAGCCAAAGUGGUUAGUUUCAGGUCCAAAGGUUAGUGGUCCUGAUGUUGAUCUAGAUGUUUCAGCUCCUAAAUUGGAUCUUUCUGCUCCCAAGAUUGAUAGUGAAAUAAAUGCACCAGAUGUAAAUCUAAACUUACCAAAAGCUGAUCUGGAAGGCCCCAAGUUAAACAUCAAUGCUCCAGAUGUUGAAGACCCAUCUGGAAAAUUCAAAUGGUUCACUCUAAAGAAACCCAAAUUUGGCACACUGAAGGGCCCAAAGGCUGACAUUGAUGCUGAUGUGAAGGUACCAGAUGUGGACCUCAAGGGGCAUGAUGUGGAUUUGAGAGUGCCAGAUGUUAAUCUUUCUGCACCAAAUAUUAAGGGUGGGAUUGAUGCGCCAGACCUAAGUAUCAACAUGCCUAAUGCUGAUGUCAAAGUUCCAGAUGUGGAUCUUAAGGGUCCAGAUCUUGACCUUGACCCACCUGAUGGAAAACUGAAGUUUCCUAAAUUCAAGCUACCAACACUCAAAGGGCCAAAAGUCAAGGGUCCAGAAUUACUUGCUGAUUUAAAAGCACCAGACAUUGACCCUAGUCUUGACUUACCCAAGGUUGAUGUGGAUGCACCUAAUGUAGACAUAAAAGCACCAGAUCUCUCAUUGUCUGCACCAAAAAUCGAUGGCAGUUUUGACGCACAAGAUCUUGAUGUGAAUUUACCAAAAGCCAGUCUCAAAGGUCCUGAUGUAGACCUUCAGGCUCCAGAGCUUGAUGCCUCAGCUGGAAAAUUCAGGCUACCCAAAAUAAAAAUGCCAAAGUUUGGCUUCUCUGGGCCAAGAGUGAAAGGACCUGACCUUGAUGUUGAUGCAGAUCUGGAUCUGUCUCUUCCUGAUGCAAAGCUACCAAAAGCAGAUCUAACAGUACCUGGUGUUAAUCUGAAAGAACCAGACUUGAAUCUUUCAGUCCCCAAAAUUGAAGGUGGUAUUGCUGCUCCAGACGUGAAUCUGAACCUGCCCAAAGCAGACCUGAAAGGGCCGGAUGUAGACAUUGACAUUGACGCUCCUUCUGGAAAAUUAAAGAUGCCCACAUUCAAAAUGCCAAAACUUAACAUUGGAGAACCAAAGUUACCCGAUGCAGAACUAAAGACUCCAGAUGUCUCUGUUCCUGAUGUAGAUCUUAAGUUGCCAACAGCUGAUGUCAAAGCACCUAAUUUAGAUCUGGAUGCUGAUCUUUUGGCCCCAAAAACUAACAUCAGUUUACCAGACUUCAAAGCUGGUGUAAAGGGACCAAGCGUGGAUCUACCUAAGGCAGACCUCCAGGUACCAGAUCUGAGCCUUUCUUCACCAAAAAUUCAUGGAAACCUCUCAGCACCAAACACAGAUAUCAAGUUGCCAAAAGCUGAACUGGAAGCACCUGAUGUAACACUGAAAGCUCCAAAUGUGGAUAUGAACCUGCCCAAAGCAGACCUAAAAGGACAUGAUGCACAGAUAAAAACACCAGAUCUAGCUUUGGAUUCUCAUAUCGGUGACUUUAACUUUCCUCAUUUCAAGCUUCCAAAACUUGGCCUUUCGAGUCCUGAAGUAGAAGUUUCCAGAGUUAAUCCUUCAGUUGAGGAUGGAGUAGAGGUACCCAAGGUGAACGUAGGCACUAUUACAACGGAUGACAACAUCUCUGUUCCUGCAAUAGACCUGAGUGCACCGAAGUUAGAGGGAGAUAUCAAAGGACCUGAAAUACAUGUGAAAGCUCCAAAUGUGGAUGCUAAUCUUGAAAAGUCCAAAUUGCCUAAUUUCAAGCUUCCAAAGUUUGGAUUUUCAGGAUCUAAAGCUCAGGAUCUUAGUUCACCUGAUGUAAGUGUCUCUGAACCUGAAGUGAAGACAAGCCUGAACACACCUGUUCUGGAUCUCACAGCUGAAGCAGAUGCCGAAGUUAAAGGUUCUCCAAAAAGUAAGCUGAGAUGGCCCUUCAAAUGGGGACUAAAGUCUGGUUCAGACACUGAUGAAGAGGGAAGUGGUGCUGACUCUGAAACUGAAGUGUCAAAUGCUGAAGUGGAGGUUCCUGCAUUCAUAUUCCAUAGACUGCCCAGAAACAGCAUUGAUGGCAUUGGAGAAAUUGGUGACACCUUGGGAAUAUCAAAAUUUGACACAGAGGCUAAGGAUUAUGUUGUCAGAAAAGGGAUCCGCUUGCCAAUGGUAAACACAACAUCAAAAGCAGGAGAGAAGAUCAACAUUAUGGAGAGAUUGAAAAUAGCAAAGGAGAAAGCACCCUCAGCAAAUGUCUCCCCAACCGAAGCUAAAACUGUUGAUCUGAAGCUUGCUGCCCCGAGUCUUGAUGUCAGCGCCUCUACAGAAGUAGGAGACUCCUCUCUGGUGAGAGGAGGCACCUUUAAAGUAGAAAAGCCAGAAUCUGUCCUGGGCCUGGAGGUCCCUGAAAUUCUGACAUCAGAUGAAAAUGACAAAUUGUCAUUGAGCCUCUCCAACAUGCUUGGCCUUAAUGUCAAGGAUUCAGACACUGAGUAGGUCUGGUUACAGGUUCAGAAACAUUGUAAAUAAAAAUACAAGUUAACUGUUGCCACAGUUUUCUGAAGAUAAUUCCAGCCAAGCCACGUGCAAUAACUUUGGGUUGCCAACUUGUUUUUAUAAACUAUGUGUAUAUUCCUGUUAUUUAUAUGAGCUUUUUUUUCUAUACACAGUUGAUUUUGAAGUUUGUUACUUAUUAUUAUUAAUAACUUCCUCAGUAUUGCAUAUGAUCACAUUGAGCAGUUUAAGUUUCUGAGAUUUACCAUACCUUAAAAACUUUAAAAGAUAAGUCAGUUGUAUGUGAAUGUAAAUAAAUAACUCAAUACAUUCAAUAUACUUGUGAUUAUUUCCUAUAAUAUAAAAGAAGGAAUAUAAUAAAACUGAUGACUCGUUGGUUUAUAUCCAACGUAAAUGGAUACAACUCUCCAUUUUACAGAUCCGUAAUUUUCUAAUUAACGCAUAAGAAGCUCACACGACAAAAGUGUGUAAUUUUGUACUUUUUGAAAAACUGGAAUUUCCUUAAAUAAAAGCUCAAUUUCACACAA